AUGAAGAAAAAAAGAUGGUCAAAUGGAAAUAUAGCCUUCAUUUCUUUUGGUUUUUUUUUUUUUUUUUGCUUACCACAUAUAAAAGUUUUACACUGUAUCAAUGUUACAGUAUAUCAGCUAGCCCAAGCUGCUCUGGAACUUACUGGUACCGGUGUUGGGAUCUUAAAUCAUGCAUCUGAAGGUCGAUGGUUUAACGAUUUGACCAACAACAUUGUCACAGUGAAAAGAGGCGGUCAUCGUCGACACGGUCCGGAUGGUGAAAGAGAGAGCGGUGAAGAAUUGGCUGGCAUAGAUUUAAGUCAAAUUGGUGAAAAUUUUCCGGCUCCAAAUCCUGAAGACUAUGAGGAAGACAGAGGUCCAAAACCAGAAGAAAGUUUAAUUCACAUUGAUAAAUCUGCUUUUACGGUACCAACAACAACCGAAAAAUCUAUGCCCACGCUGUUUCCAGAUCUGGUAUGGUUAAAAUUGUUUUUAACAGACGCUUUUAUCACGAUUGACAUUGACCAACGCUUUUUAUCAAAUUAA